GAUUCUGAGACAACCCACUUAACCCAAUACACUGUCUUCUCUUCCAUAUUGCUUUCUCUCUCUAUUACUGAGCUAUAUCUCUCAGUCAUGGCGGCACCGGCGACGUACAGACCUUCAGCCUUGCUGUUGGCGUUGUUGUUUGUGGGUUUGUGUUGUUCUUCGACGGUAGUUGUUGGGUUCGGAAGAAAGGUCGGAGGAAGAACUGAAAUCGAAGAUGUGAAGGACAACGAGGAGGUUCAAGAACUAGGAAGGUUUUCGGUUGAGGAAUUUAACAGAAGCCAGCGCGAAGAAGAGCGAAGCAGGGGCAAUGUCUAUCUGGUGUUCUCGGAGGUUGUGAGAGCAGAGAGACAAGUGGUGUCAGGGAUCAAGUACUACUUGAACGUCGAGGCUUUAGAAGAGGGAGAGGCGAAGAAGUUUGAUGCUGUUGUUGUGGUGAAGCCAUGGCUUGAGUCUAAGCAACUCCUUACCUUCAUUCCCUGUACCAAUUAGCGUUAGUCGAUUGGUUACAGUCUAAACAGAUAUCUAUCUAUAUGUAUUAUGGACGUGAUUAUGUUGGUUUGUGUUCUACUCUGUUGAUCUGUGUUUUGUCAUUUGCUUUUCUUUUCUGAAAAUCUAAAUCUCUGAGGUUCAUGCGGGAGUAAUGGAGAUGGGUUUUACCGUUUAAACUUAA